AUCAUUUGCAGGCAGUUUGCAAGGGGGGUCGUUAAAUUCAUGUUUAUAUUCCGUGUGUCCACUGUGAAUGUGAUUUAUUAUACAAAGUAACCACUCAUGUUUGCAUGGAAUCAAAGUUCAAAAUACCAGAAUAAAAGCUUUGCAAGUCACUGAAAAAAUUCGUAAUCCGGGUUUAUUCUGGAAUAUGUCGAAUUUUCAAAAUCGUUGGAUUUUUGAGUUAAAAUGUGGAUAUUUUAUAAUGACUGAUUGAGAAAAAAAUUCGGCUACUUGAUGUAAUUACAUGCACCCUUCAACAAUGUCAUGGCCGUAGCCUCUUCGAGUUCUUUUGAUAUAACAAAUUAUUCACGAUUUCGGGAUACAGCGAGAAGAUAUUUAGUCGAAAUGACCCUCAAAAACACCGUUUACACGCCAAUUUCUACAGAAUACGUUGGGUCAAUGCUACCUAAUAGUUCUAACCCAGAUGGCUUGUCUGAGAUUCCGUUAGUCAUUUCGUCACUUAACGAUUGGGAAAAAGAACUUAUUAGCUACUAUAUUGUAGGUGUAUCAAUGAUAAGUGUUUGCUGCAUUGGCCUCGUUGGAAACUUUUUAUCUCUGAUUGUAUUGACAAGGCGAGCCAUCGGGGCCUCAACCACCAACACUUACCUCAUUUCCUUAGCAAUAGCCGACAUGUUUGUGCUUAUUGCGACGAUACUAACCGCCGUUAAAGAUUCCCGAAAACCUGUAGCCGGUAGAAUGUCCUGGUUAGUUUGGCAGGACGCACCUAUUGUUCCACGAGCUUACCCAUUCUGUCAUGCCACAGCGAUAUUGUUUCAAGUCACAUCUGUAUGGUUAACAGUUGCGUUUGCUGCAGAUCGCUAUCUAAUGAUAUGCCACCCGUUCUGGGCCAAACGAUGGUGUACUUUGAAACUUGCCAAAAUUAUAAUUAUUUUAAUUUAUUUAUUCAGUGUAAUUUAUGGAAUCCCACGUUAUUUUGAAUAUAAAGUUUUUGAAAUGUAUCUACCACUAAAUCCUACCUUAUUAGAGUUCCAAUACGGUGAUCUCACACCUAGUGGUUUAUCUGUACAGAAUUUAUCAACUUUUACAUCUGUAAUUUCCGAUAACGGUAUGAUUGGUGAUGGUUUUACCAGUGAUUCGAUGACUAGCAUCUCAAUAGUUUGGUAUCAGUUAACCAGUUUCGGUGAAUCAGCUCAAUUUCGUAAAGCUUAUCAUCUAUGGUCAUGGGUUUUAUUAGUUGUUGGGAUACCAUUCACUCUGAUUGCUAUCAUGAAUACAUUUCUUAUUUUGGAAGUACGUAAAUCAAGUCGAAAGUGUGUUGAUCAAACCAAACGAUCAGAAUAUCGACGACAGGAUACAAACAUUAUGCUUAUCGGAGUAAUAAUUAUAUUUUUUAUAUGCCAGCUUCCAGCUGCUGUGAGUCAUAUAGCCUGGGGCCUUAUCACAAUAGAAUCUAGUAAAAAAAUGUCAUGGUUUCUUUUAAAUGAAAUCGGAAAUUUAUUGAUCAUUGUCAAUUCAGCGAUAAAUCUCCUACCUUACUACAUAUUCAGCCGCAGAUUUCGUCGACAUUUUGUUCGAACAUUUUGGCCUUAUCGAUGUGUUCGAGAUAACGGAUUACAUUGCAUCUACAUUCCGGAAUGGGCUACAAGGUCUUUGAACAAUAAUGAUGAUGAUGAAGACUCUGAAUUAGCUGGAACAGCAACACAAUAUGGCUAUAAUCCUAGAACAAAUUUAAGAAAUUAUUCAAACUAUCGUUUAAGUAUUUAUCGUAAUAAUAGUUCCAGUUCUCGUUCGAGGCCUAGUCUUCCAUCAAAUAUUAGAGCAAGCUGUGAAUCACAAAAACUUUUUUCUCACAUAUUCAGACCUAUAUUUCAUAUGAGACGAAAACGAACCAAAGCCUCAAGUAUAUCCUCUGAAUUAAAACCAAUACCUGUAGAUAAAGGAUUAUUAUCAAAAAAGGUACUACUUAGUGAUUGUAAAAUAACUGAUGAUAUUAAAUCGAACAGUCAUAACUUGUUGGGAGACAUUACUUGUUCCAAUGAUACUAACAAUAAAAAUUUAAAAUCUUCUAGUUCAUAUACACUACCUUAUCGUGGAUCUAAUUCAUCUCAUUCUUCUGUAAGCUUUCUAGUUCUUACAGAUAACAAUUUAAAUUAUAAGCAUUUAAGGUUAAUACAGAAGAAAAAGUCUAUCAGUGAUUUUAGAUUCGAUAAAACUAGACAAUGUGAUCAUAAAAUUGAUAUGGAUUACGAGACAAAAUCCAGAACUUGUACAACUAAUAUUAAUAGUAAUAACACUAAUAACACAAAUGUAGAUAAAAAUAAAAAUAUUCCCAUCAAAAGUAGUUAUAAUAACAAUAAUAAUAAUAAUAAUCUUAAAAAAUCCUCUUUAAUCUACCUUCAAAGUUUAGAAGAAAUGUCAAGUAAUCCAGAUAUAGAAAAUUUAUAAACUGAAUCCAAGUGUUUAGUUCUUUGUUGUUUUUUUCUUUUUCUUUUUUUCAAUUUUAUAUUACUCUUUCUACAACAAAAUGAUAAAUAGAAAUUAUUUCAUGUAUAGUAAAAAAAACAAACUGUUAAUGAAAUUACUUUUAUUGUAAUUUUUCAAUUAUUUAGGUAUAUUAAUAUGACUUAUUGUUACUGUGAUUGUUCUAUUCAAUUUCUUUGUUUCUUCUUUUUUUUAUUUAUUUAUAUUUUAUUAUUAAAAAAAUCUGUGAUUAUCCAUUAACUAAACAUGAAACCAAUAACCGAUUAGUUUUCUUAUCUUCAUUUUCCUUUAUUAUUAUUAUUAUUAUUCUUUUUUCUGAUUUAAUCAUGAGAUAAGUUUCAAACGUAAUAACUAAAUGAAGAAGAGAUAUAUUGACAUCAGUAUUUUCCUCUUAAUGAAUGUUUAUUAAAAUAUACAAUACAAAAUUGACAAUUGAACAAUUAAAAUGAUGAAUAUGAGUGAAUAGAAUAUUUUUCAAUAAUAAUAAUGUUAUCAACAUUAUUAUUGUUUGUGUAGAAAUGAGAAAAAAAAGAAGAGAAGAGAAUAGUAAUACAUAUCAGCAAGAAUUGUACAUUUUUCAUUUUUCAAUAUUCAUUUAGUUGUAAUCAGAUGUGUAAAUAAACUAAUGAUUUUACACUAAAGUUUAUCAUCUAUAAAAUUAGGAGUUAUUGAAUAGUUCAUUGUUUUUAUAUGUUUAAUCAAACAAUCAGCAAAAAAUUCAUCAACAUAUUGUUUUAACCGAGUACAGAAACAAUGAUGCUACAAAAUGCACUGACUAAUUGUUUUAAGAUAAAUAUACAUUACAUAUCCAAUCAUUGGAGACUUUGAUAAACAGUGUUGAAGGUUAAUUAUCUUGGUGUUGCCUUUUUCUCUGAUCUCUCUUGGUCUUCUCACGUUUAAUUAUUAUCGAAGAAGGUUCUCCGUCUGACUUACUACAUAAAGUGAUUGCAUGCUCUUGGGAUUACUCGUAAUUUACCCUUACAAUUUGUCAAUUCUUUCAUAUUACCUAUUAUUAUUUACUGUUCUCCAUUAUUCUUUCCCCGGCUUUUGACAAAAGACUUUGCUGUAUUGCGGAGAGUGCUGAAGGCAGUAAGCAAGGUGUGUGGUCAAUCUUUCGAGGUCAUAAUUAAUAUGGUUGUGGAUAGACAUCUAAGGUUAUGCAAACACAUGGCAGGUGUUAUUUUAUCAGAUACUAACCAUCCCCUUCACUCUUAUCUUUCUCCUUGUAUAUCUUCUGGUAGAACGAGACGUAAUUACAUUAAAAUCCAUGCACGCAAGCAAAAGUAUAAAAGUUCUAUAAUACCUUACCUAACAAAUAUACUUUGUGACGAACAGGUUGUUAGAGUUAACCUAGUUAAUAAGCUGCAUUCUUAACAUGUCUCUAAUUUGAAAACUUGUACAGUUUUUCAGAUAUUUUUAAAACCUUUUUUGUCUUUGUUUCUGUUUUUUGUGUGUAAGAAACUUGUUGAAAUACCGUGUUCUGAGAAUUUCUAUAUUGUACCAAAAAUAUAAUACUGAAUAAAGCCAUUAAUAAUAAA